GGUCACUCAUAUACAUUUAUAUGACUCUACGUAACAUAAAUCAUUUGAGUACUAUCGCAAACAGAAUAUUCAUAUUUAUAAAAAUAUAUAAUUUUCAGCUGUAUACACCAACUUGAGCGACUCCGACCCGGCUUUAUCAAACGACGAGAAACUUUUCGGAGAAAGAGAACGUUCGAAGAGCAGCGACCACUACGUCGCUGAGCCAGCGCUACAGCUGAAUAGCAGCACUAUGCGAGAAUACGCGCUGCAAAUAGCCUUGGGGAUGCAACAUUUGGAAGCACGGGGUAUCACUCACAGAGACCUCGCGGCUCGGAACAUCUUGGUAGACGGUGCUGGUGUACUGAAAGUGGCCGACUUCGGCCUGUCGCGGUCCGGGGUGUACGUCCACACGCGCUCCAGACCUGUUCCGUUAAGAUGGCUGGCACCUGAGGCCAUCAUACAGUCACAGUACUGCAGCGCCAGUGACGUGUGGGCAUUCGCUGUUUUACUGUGGGAAAUCGCUACUCUAGGGGGAUUUCCUUACGCGGAACUUACCAAUAGUCAGGUGCCAACAUUCUUAAGCGGUGGCGGUCGCCUACCUAAGCCGGCGCGCGCUUCCCAACGUCUCUACGAGCUCAUGGUUGAAUGCUGGUCGGAACAUCCAGAAGACAGACCCACAUUCACACAUAUAGUAGAAAAACUGACCACUCAGCGGCAACUCUACGUAGACCUCGACUCGAUCUUCAUGGUGGAAGAACCUUUCGGCGACGAAGAAACAGGAUGGAGCAAAGACUGAAUAUUUUACUUUUGUUACCCCCCAUAGAUUUUGCACAGUAAAUGUUUAAGCAAAACUUAUUUUUCUUUUC